AGCCCCGGGGCGGAUGGCUCGGGCCGCCCGGCUCCGCGGCGCGGUCCUGCGCGCCCUCCUGCUCCCACUGGCGCUGUUGCUGCUCCCGCCGCCGCCGCUGCUGGCCUGGGCCCCGCGGCCCCCGGUGAGGCCAGCCUGGAUCCCUCCUCCAGGGGAAGGGUGGCUCCAGCCUGAAGAGCACAGCAGAGGUAGCAGGAUGCAUACCGCCGCCACCCUAUGAGGAAGGGGCCACAGCCUUGGCAUGAAGCUGCUCCUGGCAGCCUGGCACCUGCCCCUACCGCCCAGGAGACUCCCCAGCCUGCCAGCACCCCCAGACCUCCCCGCUGCGGUGUGCCUGACCCGCCUGAAGGGCUGAGUGCCCGCAACCGACAAAAGCGGUUUGUGCUGUCAGGCGGGCGCUGGGAAAAAACGGACCUCACCUACAGGAUCCUUCGGUUCCCGUGGCAGCUGGUACGGGAGCAGGUACGGCAGACGGUGGCAGAGGCCCUACGGGUGUGGAGCGAGGUGACACCACUCACCUUCACCGAGGUGCAUGAGGGCCAUGCUGACAUCAUGAUCGACUUUACCAGGUACUGGCAUGGGGACAACCUGCCAUUUGAUGGGCCUGGAGGCAUCCUGGCUCAUGCCUUUUUCCCCAAGACCCACCGAGAAGGAGAUGUCCACUUCGACUAUGACGAGACCUGGACUAUCGGGAACAACCAGGGCACAGACCUCCUGCAGGUGGCGGCCCAUGAAUUUGGCCACGUGCUGGGACUGCAGCACACGACGGCUGCCAAGGCACUUAUGUCCCCUUUCUACACCUUCCGCUACCCGCUGAGCCUCAGUCCAGAUGACCGCAGGGGCAUCCAGCACCUCUAUGGCCAACCCCGACCAGCCCCCACCUCCAGUCCCCCAGCUGUGGGCCCGCAGGCUGGGGUGGACACUAACGAGAUUGCCCCCCUGGAGCCGGAAGCCCCACCAGACGCCUGCGAGAUUACCUUUGAUGCAGUCUCUACCAUCCGUGGCGAGCUCUUCUUCUUCAAGGCGGGCUUUGUGUGGCGGCUACGUGGGGGCCGGCUGCAGCCUGGCUACCCUGCACUGGCUUCUCGUCACUGGCAGGGACUGCCCAGCCCCGUGGAUGCAGCCUUGGAAGAUGCCCAGGGCCACAUCUGGUUCUUCCAAGGUGCUCAGUACUGGGUGUAUAAUGGCGAGAAGCCAGUCCUGGGCCCUGCACCCCUCUCUGAGCUGGGCCUGCUGGGGUCCCCCAUCCAGGCCGCCUUGGCCUGGGGCCCCGAGAAGAACAAGAUCUACUUCUUCGGAGGCGGAGACUACUGGCGCUUCCACCUCAGCACCCGCCGAGUGGACAGCCCCGUGCCCCGCCGGGCCACUGACUGGCGAGGGGUGCCCUCUGAGAUCGACGCCGCCUUCCGAGAUGCUGACGGCUAUGCCUACUUUCUGCGCGGUCGCCUCUAUUGGAAGUUCGACCCUGUGAAGGUGAAGGCCUUGGAGGGCUUCCCCCGCCUCGUGGGCCCUGACUUCUUCGGCUGUACCGAGCCUGCCAACACUUUCCACUAACCAUAACUUCUCUCAGGGCUCCUGACCCCUGCCAGGCCACUGAUAUCGGAUAGAGACCAGUGGCCAUCUUUGUGGCUGUGGGCUCAGGCACAGGAUAGAGCCUGUGUUUCCUCAGGGGGGUGGGGAGGGGGUGCUGUC